CUGCCUUUUGUUUGUUUUGGGUCUUGGCUGUCAUUGCUGUUUUGUCAUAUACGAAGAGGAGAGUAUACUAUACGGCGCCGUCCGAUAAUACUAGCUGCCUGGAAAACCCACACGAUGCGUGGCCUCGGCAAGGCGGCGACGCUCAUAUUGGCGCCAUCGGCAGUGUUGGCGAGGCCUUUACCGGUGGAUCCGACAUCAUCAAGAGGUGCUCCAGCCAGCUCUGCCUUUUCCGUCGCUGUUGCUAUAGAUUCGAGCGGUUCCAAGAGUGCAAAGACUACCGACCAAACACUGGUCUUCAAUCUUGACAUCCAAGAAUCCCCAGAAGCUUGCAACGAGGCCAAAGUAAGAAUCGACGGAUUCCUGCUCUCUCAAGAUGACAACGGCACCGGCCAGGGGACAUUCGCCUCGCUGGACGGACACACCGUCACUGCGAGCUGGAACUUCACUUGCAAGGAGCACGCACGACGGGUGCCCUGGGACCAAGACUUGGCGUUGACAAUCAUGUCCUUGGACGGAGAGGCCGUUCCUGAGACGACCUUUUUCACCAGCUUCAGACAGCGAACCCCUGUCAAAGUCUACGACAUUGGAGGAGAUUCUGUUGUUUACACAACCGAAGGCCAUGCGCCCACCCGAGUCGACCAGGAAAAGCUUCUGGACAAGGUCAAAGAAAUCACUGGCCUGACACAAGUCGACGACGAGGUCAAGGCCGAAAUCAAAGGCAUCCUUUCCAUGGAGCAGCAGAUCAACGAGCUUAGGGAACUCGUUGUGGUUAAGCAGCGCAAAGUAUUGGACGGGCUAGGAAUUGCCCCUUCAACUCCGGCCUUCAACUUGCAGACCUUUUAUCAAACCGCCAGGCUCGCCUCUUCUACUCUCCGAGGCACCAUGGAGCACUGGGUGGAUUCCGUGCUCGGAUACUCGCCUGAUAAAAAUCACCACCAUCGGCACCAUCGCCAUCCUCACCGCUAUCCCCAUCACCGAGAAGAUGAUCUUGUUGUAAGCAUGCAAGUGGAUGGCGAGGGAGGCCAGCACUUUUUCUAUUACCGCGACCGUAAUAGCAACUCUACCAGACUAACACCGGCUCAUCCCCGAAGACACGUCACCUACGCCCCCCUGUUCGCAAUCAUCUUCACCUUCCACCUGGGCCUUUUCUUUAUUCUCCGAUCCAUUCGUCAGCGAAGCCACACGCGCCGGACGAGAAACCUCAGUAAUCGCCAACACCGCCGCGAAGCUCGAGCCCAACGCCGCUGCCAAAGGCAAGCCCGCCGAGCCGGCUUCAAACAAAGCAUCCAGAAUUUCCUUUGUAACUUUCGAGAUUUAUUCCGCACCAAACACAUUGAACUUAACGAAAAGACAAACAUGUUGAUCAAUUCACGGGAUGAGGAGGAUGCCUCGAUGGAGGACGAGCUUGCGUCUUUCCAGGAGGCAGCCUCUGUAUUCAGCGACAUGGUGGCUGCUGAAGAAGAGAGGAGGGCGGCGAGGAGGGCCGAGUCGCUGCCGCCGAGGAUCACCGAGGACGUGAGCCCUCCAGCUUAUGAUGAAGUGAGGGAAAUGCAUGAUGAGAAGAGACCCGAUGGGAAUUGAAGACCAUUGUGAAGAUGAAAGAGAUUAUGGGCCAUCAGGAUUGGAAAGACAUGAAGCAGAAAAAGGGCUAUUAAUACAUAAUAAUAAUUACAUACCACACAAAGGGGGAAAAAAACUAGAAACUGAUAUGGCCGUGGUGUUUGAAUACAACCAACGGACGAGAAUGAAGCAAGCGUGCCACCGACAACAUGGCGUUGAUAGAAAUUUACUAAUUUUUUUUUAAAUAAACGAAGAAAGAAAGUUUAAAUGAACAUGUUCAUCAAAAUUUGCUGUCUAUCCAUAUAUAAAGUCUUGAAAAUUCUUCCCUAUUGUCCUCACCCCUGGCUCCAGAUCCCACCCCUUAAUCUCACACACCAGCCGAUACAUGUCCUCCAGCAUCGCCUCGGCCUCCUCGCCCGCCAUGUGCAAGUCGCUCUCGACGAGGAUCCUGUCGUCCGGCACGGCACGCACGACGCCCUCGAGCUUUGCCCUGCCGCUGUCGGUGCCCAGAUUGACGGCCGUGGAGAAGGAGACGAAGAUUUGGGAGGGCACUGCGGGAUGGAACCACUGUUUGAGGGUAUCGGCACUGCCGCUGUAGGAGUGGAGGCAUAUUCGCGGUGGGAAGGGUUUGCCGCGUGCUGUCUUGUUCUUUUGCUUGGGCUCCUUUUCGUUUCCAUUUUCAUCUUCAUUGUCGUCAUCGUCGGAGCUGCUGCUUUCUUCGGCUCCCGGAGCAAUCUGCUUCUUCUCUCUCCGGGAGAGAAUUUUUUUCUCAUGGCCCUUCCAACACGCUGCUAUUGUGUCGUACAGCACGCCGUGAGCCUGCACGCCAUGCACGCUGAC